UAGCCACUCACUCACACAGACUCAACUCGACUCAGUCAACUCAACUCAGUACUCGCCAGCUUCAAAUCCAAUCCUCCAUCCAUGGCGACCGCGAUAGCCACCUCCACCACUACAUGCUUUCUCUCCAAAGCCUCUCCUUUUCUCCCAAAGAAUGCUCCCUACAGAACCAGCAGCCUCUAUUUCUCCAGGAGGCUUGCUGCGACGCCUAAGAGGUCCUUCUCUUGUCGAGCUAUUUACAACCCUCAGAUUCUGACCAAGGAGGAAGGUCAGCCUGAAACGCUAGACUACAGAGUAUUCUUUGUCGACAAUUCUGGGAAAAAGAUUUCCCCUUGGCAUGAUAUUCCUUUGCGCUUGGGAGACAACAUUUUCAAUUUUGUUGUUGAGAUACCUAAAGAAUCAAGUGCAAAGAUGGAGGUUGCUACUGAUGAGUCUCACACUCCAAUUAAGCAGGACACAAAGAAAGGAAAGCUUCGAUACUACCCUUAUAAUAUAAACUGGAACUACGGAUUGCUUCCGCAAACAUGGGAAGACCCAUCAUUGGCUAACUCUGAAGUUGAAGGGGCAUUUGGAGAUAAUGAUCCAGUUGAUGUAGUAGAGAUUGGUGAGCGUCAGGGAAAGAUAGGUGAGAUUCUCAAAGUCAAGCCCUUGGGGGCUUUAGCUAUGAUUGAUGAGGGGGAACUUGACUGGAAAAUAGUAGCAAUUUCAUUGGAUGAUCCUAAAGCUUCUCUAGUGAACGACGUUGAUGACGUUGAAAAGCAUUUCCCGGGUACUCUGACAGCCAUAAGGGACUGGUUUAGAGAUUACAAGAUCCCAGAUGGAAAGCCUGCUAACAAGUUUGGUCUUGGCAAUAAACCAGCAAAUAAGGAUUAUGCUCUUAAAGUCAUCGCUGAAACCAAUGAAUCUUGGGCUAAACUAGUCAAGAGAUCCAUUCCUGCUGGAGAACUGUCACUUCUAUAGAGGCAUUGAUUAUGAACUCCACACUCCACACUCCACCCUCCAGGAUUAUGAUCUUAAAGUCGUAUAUAAUCAUUGUACGAUGUCCCCAUUUUUUCCCUGUUGAGCUAGGAUAAUCUCCUCAAAUUUGAAGGAAACUUGUUUGAACAGUUGUUUUUUGAAUUUGAUUUGCUGAUAAUGUAUUGGUGAUUGAUUGGUGGGGUU